GAUUCUAUUUUUUGGAGGUAAUAAAAAAUGGAUAACGUUGCGACAGCAGAGUGUUUGACUCUUGAUUUUGGUCCUUUUGAAACUGUUCAUCGCUGGCAACGUAUGCCAGAAUGUGACGAAUUCGUUGGUGCCAGGCGUAGCAAACAUACUGUUGUAGCAUACAAAGAUGCAAUCUAUGUUUUUGGUGGUGAUAAUGGUAAAAGAAUGUUGAAUGAUUUAUUGAGAUUUGAUGUAAAAGAAAAGUCCUGGGGACGUGCAUUUGCAACAGGAGUACCUCCUGCUCCAAGAUAUCAUCAUUCUGCAGUUGUGCAUGACUCGUCUAUGUUUGUAUUUGGUGGUUACACUGGUGAUAUACAUUCCAAUUCGAAUCUCACAAAUAAGAAUGACCUAUUUGAGUAUCGAUUCCAAACUGGUCAAUGGACAGAAUGGAAAUUUAUUGGGAGAACUCCUGUAGCUAGAUCUGCACAUGGAGCUGCUGUAUAUAAUAAUAAAUUAUGGAUAUUUGCUGGUUAUGAUGGUAAUGCAAGAUUAAACGAUAUGUGGACAAUAUCAUUAUUACCUGGAGAACCAAGAGUGUGGGAAGAGGUUCUUCAGUUUGGCGACUGCCCACCAACAUGUUGUAACUUUCCUGUUGCAGUAGCACGCGAAUCCAUGUUUGUAUUCAGUGGCCAGAGUGGAGCUAAGAUCACAAAUAGUCUCUUUCAAUUCCACUUUCGAGAAAGGCGAUGGACGCGAAUUUCAACGGAGCAUAUACUUCGUGGUGCACCACCUCCGCCAGCGCGACGAUAUGGUCACACCAUGGUUAGUUUUGAUAGACAUCUUUACGUGUUUGGCGGUGCAGCUGAUUCUACGUUACCCAACGAUCUUCACUGCUAUGAUCUCGAUACGCAAACAUGGAAUAUUAUUUUGCCAUCUGCUGAUAGUCAGGUUCCUUCUGGUCGACUGUUUCACGCAGCAGCGGUAAUUGGAGAAGCAAUGUUUAUUUUCGGUGGAACAGUCGACAAUAAUGUCCGAUCUGGGGAAACGUACCGAUUCCAAUUUUCGUCUUAUCCAAAAUGUACUUUACAUGAUGAUUUCGGAAGGUUGUUAAACGGGGGCCUUUUCUGUGAUGUAGAAUUUAUAGUAGGAGAUACAGAAACCAAAAUACCUGCUCACAUAGCUAUGGUAGCGGCUCGUUCACAAUUUCUUAGGACGCGUAUUAGGCAUGCUCGAGAGAAACGAGAUAAACAUUUAGAGGAAGUUUUUGGAACCGCAGAUGUACCGAUCAAAGAUAUGCCAUUGUUAGAAGUAAGACUGAAAGAUGCUGUCCCAGAGGCAUUUGAGAUGGUUCUUAACUAUAUUUAUACCGAUCGUAUCGAUCCAACAAAAAGAAGCGAAGAUGGGUCGAGUAGUCGUGUCGAAGACCCAUUAAGCAAUCGAAUUGUGCUUCUUAUGAUGGAUGUCUAUCGUUUAGCUCUGCAAUUUAAUAUGAAACGAUUGGAGCAGUUGUGCGUUCAAUAUUUGAAAGCCACUAUAAGUCACGCUAACGUUUUAGAAGCAUUGCAUAAUGCCGCUCACUUAAAAUUAUAUUUUAUAAAGGAGUUUUGCUUGAGUUUCAUUGUAAAAGAAAUCAAUUACAAUCAAAUUGUAAUGAGCAAGAAAUUUGAGACCUUGGAUCAACCUUUGAUGGUAGAAAUUAUUAGAAAAAGACAAAUGCCUCAAAGUAGCGUAUUUCCUAAGCAAUACGAUCUUAGUACAGGGACGACUUUGGAACAGGACAUGGAGGCAUUUCUUAAAAGUGUGGGCAGAGAAUUCUGUGAUAUAACGCUUAUGUUACAUGGCGUGCCGAUUCCAGCCCAUAAGGCCAUUCUCGCUGCACGUUGUACCUAUUUUGAGGGGAUGUUCCGCUCUUUUAUGCCUGAAAAUAAUAUAGUAAACAUACAAAUCGGUGAAAUGAUUCCAUCUUCCGAGUCAUUCGACUCCUUAUUAAGGUAUAUUUAUUACGCGGACGUUUCAAUGCCGCCUGAAGAUUCUUUAUAUUUAUUUACCGCGCCAGUUUUUUAUGGUUUUACAAAUAAUCGAUUGCAAGCGUUUUGCAAACAGAAUCUUGAGAUGAAUGUCACUUUUGAGAACGUCAUACAGAUCUUGGAAGCUGCGGAUAGGAUGCAAGCUGUUGACAUGAAGAAAUACGCAUUGAAUCUUAUUGUGCAUCACUUUACGAAGGUCGCAAGGCUACCAAGGUUAAGGCAAUUAAGUCGUGAACUUUUAUUGGAUAUCUUAGAAGCAUUGGCUGAUGAACGCAGCGAGGCACGAACAUGUCAGGACAUGGCGAAUGAUUGCUGACGGAUGUCGAGCUCGCACUGCUGUCCUCGUAGUUGGGACUUGCUUUCGCCCUCGAGCUUUCAAUCUGGAACAUUUCAAGACUACGAACCGAUGACAACGCCCGCACAAAAUCGAAAUUGUACGUUCACGAACGGCACAUGAGCUUAUCCAACGUGACUGUAAAGUAUUUUUACUGGACUGUACACACCGUUUAUACUGUAUAAAAGAAGAAUCGU